AUGCUCAUCACUUUUGGCGAUUUCGAUAAUAGUAGAAAUUAUGGUCGUGGUCGGACGCCUAGUCUUUGUGGUACUGAUUCAGAAGAGACAAUUGACCCAGAUGAAACACCUGAACAGAGGGCUGAACGAGAGCGAAGUCGUAGACAAGCAAACAAUGCACGAGAGCGUAUUCGGGUUCGUGAUAUCAAUGAUGCAUUCAAAGAGCUUGGACGCAUGUGCAUGAUGCAUUUGAAUAAUGAACGACCCCAAACCAAACUUACAAUUUUACAGCAAGCUGUCUCGUUAAUCACUAGUUUGGAACAACAAGUUCGUGAACGCAAUCUGAAUCCCAAACAAGCCUGUUUGAAACGUCGUGAAGAGGAGAAGAGUGAAGUACAUUUCAGUGGCAGCAGUAGUGGUGGUAAUACACAUAUGAACCCGGUUGGAAGCUCCAUAAAUCGUUUAUGUGGUACUAACUCGGUGAAUUAUUCCGUUCCAGUAACUUCUUCGACAAUGGGGUCUCAAAAUGCACCGGGUCAUAUACUGGACUAUGAUCCACAUAUGUCUCAUCUCGCCCAUGGGACUGCUGUUUACGGUGAAAGUUUGCCGAUCGUAAAUAGUCGAAGUGACUUAAAUACUACGUCUGCUUAUGUAUCGUCUAAUACAUCUGGUGGUGAUGUGUGUGGUUCUGUCUACCUGCAUCCGGAUGUUCAACAGUGCUCAUCGGAACCAUAUACUCAAUCACAUAUGUCCACAAUUAACAGUUUCAAUAAAAACAAUAAGUCUUCAGAUAAUUGGCAGUCUGGUACACCUGUUCAGUUGUCAAGAUCUUCAUGUUCAUUAUUACCCACCCACUCAUCGAAUAAUUCUCAAAGAUUUGGCACAGUUAAUAUAGGUCAAGAUCCUGGAGAAGAGUACGAAGAUGAAGAUGAAGAAGAUGUAGAAAGUAGUGAAGAUGAAAGUAAAGCUCCCGUAAUUCCUUCGAUUUCAAAACUUGAGGCAAAUAGUGAAAUUUUGCGUUCUCUCCACCACCCACCCACUUCUCUGCACCCUAAUAAUGGUAAUGGAAAUUGA